AUGAUGCAGCCUCAACCCUUUUUCCCAAAUGCCAAGGGCUCGGCAUCUGGGCGCCUUGGCGAAGCGCAACUGCAAACAGCACCUGUUUCCUCCGCUGCCAUGGCCCUCCCUGGUCCUUCCGCUGCUCCUCCGUCCUAUAAGUCUCCCUUUCCGCCCUUACCCUCUCACCGAAUGGGAUACUGGUCACCUAUCCGCACGCACUCAAUCAUGUCGCCGCCGGAGAUGUCAUAUAGUCCUGCCUAUCACCAGGCCCAAGGCCCCGUCGUUACUAUACCCCCUCCCUUGAUCCACUCGGGACGCCCUGAAUUAUCACAUCCAAAGCCGCUGCGCUCCUCAGAGUGGAUGGUUCACGACGUGAGCCCCCGCACCUCCGGCCCGCGGGGAUCACACGCUCACUCUCCACAGACGUCUCGGCGUGCCUCUCGUGUAGGGGACGAGGUUGUCCAGCCGGUUCCCGUUGCCAACGGCUCUAAGGAGGGACGUUCCCGGGGGAGUUGGCAGCCUUCGUUGAUGUCGGGGGAGCAAACUCGUGUUCCGAAGCGAGGAAACGUUCCUGAUGCUACGUCUAGUGAUGGUGGCCAGGAUGCGCUGCUGAUGCUGUUCCGGUUAUCUGUUCCGGUUCCACUCUUCUCCUUCGCUGCCUGCAUAUACACCUUCUUCGCAAUCAUCUUCGCCAUACUGAUCGCGCCUCUCCGUCUUUGUUCUGUAUCUCCAUACCUCCGAAAGACCUCCUUCCGGACCCAACUAUGCGACCUCCUUUCUCCAGUCCUUCACAUCCAUGAACGACUCGUCUGCAUGCCCCCACCUACUUCCAACCGCUCUUCCUCCACACAAUGGAUUCACUCCGACCCAGACAGUGAAGAACCCGUCCCGGUCGUCGAUUCCAGCGUCUUAUAUUCCGUCGGCAUGUCAAUAAUCGUCUUGACCCUCUCCCCCUUCUUCAGCAUCGCUAUCCUUCUUUUCGCCUGGACAGCCGCCGCAUUCUGGGUCUUUGCCAUGGUCAUGGGAAACCCAGAUGGCACAGAGCGGAACGAUGAUGGUCGUGCCGCCGUUCUGGGUGUGUGCAAAUGGUGGCGGACGUGGUUGGGCAAAUCCCGACCUUCUCCAUGA